AUGAGUUCAUCGAUCCUCCCCAAGGCCUUGCAAGCCACCUCCCUCCUGGCGUCGACAACCCUGGUUGCUCUUUCGAUUGCAACGGUCGCCCUCGUCACACACUACAGCGAGUCGAUGGAUGCAAGCUAUCCAGAAGGCAGUUACACAUAUUACGGACCCGUCGGCUCACCCGCACGCAGGGCGUACUGGGAGGAGUACGACGCCGGAAACAGAGACUUCAACAAAGUAUACAUGCAAUAUGUGGCGAGCAACGACAUCUGGGUCUUGAACCCCAAGACCGCAGGCUCCCGCUUCCCAUGGGCACUAGCCUGCUCGAUCUUCUUCGGUCUCGCCGCCUUCGCCAUGUCACUGACCUCCACAAUCAUGACCUUCGAGACCAAGAAACGGCUGGAACGCGAGGCAUGCGUACCUAGUGCUGCCUACUCAUACUACAACCCGUCUUUCGACUGCACGCGCGAACUAGCUGCUUGCAGUAUAUUCGAGAUGCUUUCCAGUGGGUAUGAUGAUCACAGCCAACAGAUGUGCGGUGAAGCGCAAGCGAGCAGGAGGAUGUUGAUUCCCACUUUGGUCUGCGCGGUGGUGCUUGUUAGCACGUGGAUUGCGCAGGCUGUUGUAAGCAAGAAGGGAGCUGAUGCUGAGGCCGACAGGAGGGUACAGGACUUGCAGGAGCAGGAACAGACAGAGUAA